AUGAAAGCCGCCGGAGCCCUUCAAGCUAUCUUUGGCGGCGACCCCCCGGACGAUGACAUACUAGGUUCGGCUCGAAACGAGGCAUUUUUGCCUGCCCAUUGGGACGACAUGCUCAGAGACGCUCUCGAGCUCGGCAUCUUAAGCGAGAGGAUAGAAGCGAUUUGGAGAAAAUCCCUUCUCGAGAUGGCGUACUAUGAAGCUUUACAGGAAGCUCGGUUACAUAAGCAUGACGAUGGCUACGAGGAGCAGAAGGGGAUACCGGAGGGAAGAGAGAAGGGAAAGCAGAAGAUAAGUAUCAGUACGGACAAAGACAAGGGCACUGACUAUGGCGAGGGGGAGACGCUUACGCUCACGCGCCAGCUCUCCAAGCUGAGCCUCAAGGGAAGCUACCGCAGGCUCAAGGAGGUGCCGGGCAAGUUCAAGCGGUCUCGAGUUGCGUCGUUAUACCACAAGCCGAAGGAAGAGGAGCGCGUCGGAGAACAGGAGUAG